AUGAUCGCGCAGCAGCAAGCCAAGGAGCUCGGCGCCUCCGAGGUCACGACUGAGCACGUCCUGCUGGGGCUCAUCCAAGAGGACACCACAUCGAAGAGCGGAUACCUCAACAGCGGCCUCACGCAUGAGAAAGCGCGUGCCGCGGUGGAGGCGCUCGGCGGCCGCCGCAAGGCCAUCACCGGCGCAGACAACAUCCCUUUCAGCAGGGAGGUCCGGAAGACCUUCGAGGCCGCCACCAACGAGUGCAAGCGGUCCGCGGUGACCUACAUCAGCCCCGAGCACAUACUGCUGGCCAUGCUCAGCCAGACGGAGUGCCGCGCGCGCAUCCUGCUUACGAGCAUCGGCGUGGACUGCGACGUGCUAAAGGCUGAGGGCGCCAAGCGCGUCAAGGGCGGCCAGGAGCCAGAGGCCCCCAAGAAGAAGAAGUCGGAGAAGCAGGGUCCCAAGGCUCUGGAGGAAUUUUGCAAGGACCUCUGCGCGGAGGUCAGGGCCGGCAAGGUGGACCCGGUCAUCGGGCGCGAGCACGAGGUGGCGCGCGUGAUGCAGAUCCUGGCGCGGCGCAGCAAGAACAACCCCAUCCUGCUGGGGGAGCCGGGCGUGGGCAAGACCGCCAUCGCGGAGGGCCUGGCCUACGCCAUCGUGCACCGCAUGUCACUGGACGGCUCCCCCCUGCCAGAGUUCCUGAGGGGCAAGCGCGUGCUGCAGCUCGACGUGGGUGCAGUGCCGUGCGGUACCAUGCAAUUCGGGCUGCCGCAGGGCGGGGCGCAGUGCGGACGGGGCAAGGGCCGCGUGCGUCGCGCAAUUCGUGGGGGUCUGGGGGGCGACGUGCCGGCUGCUUGCGCCCCGCGUGUCGCCUGGGUCAGCCACAAGGCGAGAUGCAGCGUGUGCAGCCGUCUGGGCAUCUAG